AUGGCAGACGGUCUUCACAGCAACGGUCAUAACGGCACCGGCCAGACGGGCUGCGGUCAGAACGGCUCCUAUCAGAACGGCUCCGGUCAGAACGGCAUCGAGCGGAAGAACGGAAUCGACCAGGACAGCGGCACCGACCAGAAGAUUAGAACCGGCCAGAAUGGUACCCGUCCGAACGGCACCGACAACAAUGUCCCCACUGUCCGGAACUGCACCUGCGAGUUCCCCAAGAUCUACGCGGACGAGUAUGGCAAAGAGAUUGGCAAGAUCAAGAGAAUACUCAAAACCGAAACCCUGCAGAUGAACGAUGGCGGCCGAUACAGCCGCCCUCACGUUUGCGAUCCCAACCCAAACGAGUGGAGGGAGGUUAUCCCACCUGUUCGUCCCAAGACUCCUCCCAAACACAAGUCACUCUGGGUCGUCCGCCAGAGUCAAAUCGACAAGAACCCACACUGGUCGCUUUUCGCCGCCUUUGACAACGACAACGAUGGCACGAAGGGCAGGAUCUGGCAGGUCAACGGAGAUCCCGACGUGGGAAUGUUCUACGCCCACCGCAGCUCCGUUCCGGGCGUCGCGAUCUUCAUCUCCGCCUCGUUCCUCGACAGCAUCCUCGUUUGCGACGCGCUCACCGAGGAGUGGGAGGCCCGAGUCGACGAGAUCGCCAACAACAUCAAGCCCCCCGGCCCCAAAGAGACGCCCACCAACGGCCAGCGUCGCAAGAUAGACUUCCAGCGCAAGACCUGCAAGAAUUGGGUGUGGGACGUGCUCGACCAGCUCGCGGACGAGGGCAUCACUUCGCCCGCAGUUCCUGCCGAGGCGAGAAGCCUUCAGCCUGUGAAGACAGUCGAGUAG